AAAUAACAUAUGCCCAUCGUAAUCCACACAGUGCUGCUUUCUAUAAACAUCUGAGUGAUUGGAGCAUUGGUUUGUUUGGUUACGUUUGUUUUCGUAUGGUGAAGCGGUGCGAAAUUCGCAUAAUCUUGUGUGGAGACGUUGAGCAUUUAACCAUUUGAAUGCAUGGAUGAUAUAGCGUGAAAAAGAAACAACAGUUUAUGUGUUGGGAAUUUUUGUUUUACGGGGUACUGCGGUAAAUUGUCAUGCCCACAUUCCAACAGGAAGAAAUAGAAGUGAUAUUUAAUGAAGAUGAUUUACCGUAUGAAGAGGAAAUUCUCAGAAAUCCAUUUUCUGUUAAACACUGGUUGAGGUACAUUGACCACAAAAAAGGGGCACCAAAGCAGAGGGUUAAUAUUAUUUUUGAAAGAGCUCUUAAAGAGCUUCCAGGAAGUUAUAAAUUAUGGUAUAAUUACUUACGGUUAAGACGAAAACAGAUCAAAGGACGUUGUAUCACUGAUCCAUCAUAUGAAGAUGUAAAUAAUGCAUUUGAACGUUCCCUAGUUUUCAUGCAUAAGAUGCCAAGGAUUUGGCUAGAUUACUGUCAAUUUCUUAUGGGUCAGUGCCGAAUUACUCGAACACGUCAGUUAUUUGAUCGAGCUCUCCGAGCUUUACCCAUCACUCAGCAUCACAGAGUGUGGCCAUUGUAUCUCAAAUUUUUAAAACAAUAUAAUAUUCAUGAAACUGCUGUUCGUGUCUUUAGACGUUAUUUGAAGUUAUGUCCAGAAGAUGCUGAGGAUUAUAUUGAAUAUUUAAUAUCCAUUGAACGAUUGGAUGAAGCUGCUGUUAAAUUAGCAUAUGUUGUCAAUAAAGAUGAUUUUGUUUCAAAACAUGGAAAAUCAAAUCAUCAAUUAUGGAAUGAAUUGUGUGAGUUAAUUUCUAAGAAUCCAGACAAAGUCAGGUCUCUUAAUGUUGAUGCCAUCAUACGAGGAGGAUUGCGUAGGUAUACAGAUCAGUUGGGUCAUUUGUGGAAUUCCUUGGCAGACUAUUAUGUGCGGAGUGGUCUGUUCGAAAGGGCUAGAGAUGUUUAUGAAGAAGCAAUCCAGACUGUAACAACUGUGAGAGAUUUUACCCAAGUGUUUGAUGCUUAUGCUCAGUUUGAAGAAUUAAGCCUCAGCAAGCGCAUGGAAGAAGCUGCAAACACUCCUAACCCAACUGAGGAAGAUGAUAUAGACAUUGAACUUCGAUUGGCAAGGUUUGAACAUCUGAUGGAAAGAAGAUUAUUGUUACUGAAUUCUGUACUUCUGAGACAGAACCCCCAUAAUGUCCAUGAAUGGCACAAGAGAGUAAAACUCUAUGAAGGGAAACCACAUGAGAUUAUCAAUACAUACACAGAAGCUGUGCAAACUGUUGACCCAAAACUGGCAGUUGGAAAGUUACAUUCUUUAUGGGUUGCAUUUGCAAAAUUUUAUGAAGAAAAUGACCAGAUAGAUGAUGCUCGAAUAGUGUUGGAAAAUGCUACUCACGUGCCGUAUAAUAAAGUUGAUGACUUAGCAUCUGUUUGGUGUGAGUGGGCCGAGAUGGAAAUAAGACAUGAGAAUUAUGAAGAAGCGUUGAAAUUAAUGCAGAAGGCAACUGUAAUGCCUCCUCGGAAAGUUGCAUAUCAUGAUGAAACUGAAACUGUACAAAUGCGUCUUUAUAAAUCUCUGAAAGUUUGGUCAAUGUAUGCAGAUCUUGAAGAAAGUUUUGGAACCUUUAAAUCAUGUAAAGCGGUUUAUGAUAGAAUAAUUGAUUUGAAAAUAGCCACUCCUCAAAUUAUUAUCAAUUAUGGUCUGUUUUUGGAAGAACAUAAAUAUUUUGAAGAAGCAUUUCGAGCGUAUGAAAAAGGUAUUGCACUAUUCAAAUGGCCAAAUGUGUAUGAUAUAUGGAACACUUAUCUCACAAAAUUUUUGAAACGUUAUGGUGGAACUAAAUUAGAAAGAGCACGUGACUUAUUUGAACAAUGUCUUGAAAACUGCCCACCUAAGUUUGCAAAAGCCCUAUACCUCCUGUAUGCUAAACUGGAAGAAGAACAUGGUAUGGCUAGACAUGCUAUGGCAGUAUAUGAGAGAGCAACAAAGGCUGUGUUACCAGAAGAAAUGUUUGAGUUAUUCAAUAUCUACAUUAAAAAAGCUGCUGAAAUUUAUGGUGUACCAAAGACUCGACAGAUUUAUGAGAAAGCAAUUGAAGUUCUGAAUGAAGAAAAUGCUAGAGAAAUGUGUUUGAGGUUUUCUGAAAUGGAAACUAAAUUAGGAGAAAUUGACAGAGCUCGUGCAAUUUAUGCACAUUGCAGUCAAAUGUGUGAUCCAAGAGUAACUGCAGAUUUCUGGCAAACUUGGAAGGAAUUUGAAGUCAGACAUGGUAAUGAAGAUACAAUGAGAGAAAUGUUGAGGAUAAAGCGCAGUGUUCAGGCUACUUAUAACACACAGGUGAACAUGAUGUCAGCUCAGAUGCUAUCAGCAGCGAGUAACGUUUCUGGCACUGUUGCUGAUCUUGCUCCUGGUGCAAAGGAUGGAAUGCGAAUGCUAGAAGCCAAAGCAGCCCAAAUGGCUCAUGAAGAAAGAGGACCUCCUCAACCUAAAGGAGGAAGUAUUUUGUUUGUGCGGGGUGAAACUCAAGGUCAGGAUAGAGAUGGCACAGAUACAACUAGGGUUGUUAACCCUGAUGAAAUUAACAUUGAUGAGGAAGAUGAUGAGGAGGAGGAGGAAGAAGAGGGAGAAAAUGAUGGUGAUAAUAAUGAUGAAGACAUUCCAGAACAACAAGAAGUCCCUGCUGAAGUAUUUGGUAGUUUAAAGAAAAGAAACGAAUCUGAUAGCGAUGACUGAAGAUCAUUUUUCUUCAUUAUAAAUGAGGCAUGCCGAAUAUCAAAAUACAAUAUAAAUUUUGUUGUAUAUUUUUAUUUACACAUAAUAUGUACACACACUGGAUGUAGAUAGUGAAUUGUCCAACAAUAAACAGUUUGCUAGAA